GAGGACCUAAACGCAUCACAUGGCAAAAUACUGUAAAUAGGAUUCUUGUCCGUGUUAGGUAGCGGUCCAGCUAACUUUGAAGCUAACAAUGCCUGGCAAGUGUAAAUUCCAGGAUUCCUGGCUGACAAAGGACGCUUUCAAGGACUGGCUGGUCAAAGACGCCGAUGACAUUCAUUUCGCUCGGUGCAGGGCCUGCUGUAAAUCAAUAAAACUUCAGACCAUGGGCGAGGCUGCUCUCACCAGCCACGCAGGCGGAGCUGGCCACAAAGCUGCGGUCCGAAAGCUGCUGGAAGGUGUUUUAAUAGGCGAUGCAAGACAGAUGAACGGCAACACAAAUCUGGUAGAGAAGAGCAAGGAGCAGAUGGCCCUUGCCCUCCAGCGUGAAGCUUUGGACAGAAUCACAGGCAGCGACUGGUCAGACCUGCAUCAGAGUCCCUCUACAAACUCCAGCUCCCACAAUGCAGAGCUGCAGGAUGCAGCCUUUCCUGUUGCGUACUUCACAGUCCCAGGAACCUCGAGAACCAUCAACCAUCACCUUCAUCCGUCCGACAUCAAGGAGGAGGAGGUCAGCCGCCGCCUGACCCCUCAUGACUCUGUGGACUUUUCAAGACUGGAGCUUCAGCAGCGGACAGAGGCUUUGGAGCAGCUGGAUCAGAUGAAGAUCCUGGAGUGGGAAAACCGGAUGAAGGUACUUGCCUGGGAACAGGAGCUGGUCCGGGAGAAAAGGAAAGCAGCUCGACAGAAGGAGAAGGCCUUCCGGAUGAAAAAGGCCUAUUACAAGGCCAAGCUAAAGAGGCUGGGUGAAGACGUGCCACCGUCCUCCUCUAGCAGUGGUGAAGAAGACGAAAAGAUAUCCGAGCUCAACGGCUGAUCUGAUCUUUUUCAUACUUGUUUCAUUCUCGUGGUGUUUGUCUAUAAUCUUUGGGACUAUUUCUUUUGGAUAGAUUUCUAUAUCGAAGGUUCUGGUGUGGGUUAGUGGAUAUAGACUGUGGGCGUCAAAAGUCAUUGAUUGGAUAUUCACAAUGCGGAACACACACACAAAAAAACCCCUUUUGGUUCCUAGGUGGUCUGGAAAAAUCUGGAAUUUGAUUCAGUUUGUUUUUUCAAGAAUGGAAACGACUGAGAAAAAUCUAAAUAUUUGUCGUUCCUUCCCUCCCUCAUGUUCUACCUUCCUUAAUUCAUCCUUCCUUCUGUCCUCGUGUCCUACCGCCUUCCUCUCUUCCCUGCAUCCUUCAUUUGGUUGUUUUUAUUUUUUUGUAGAAAAAUCCACCAUACAGUCUUGGCAAAUGUUAGUAUUUUAUAUUUUAAAGUGAAAGUAAAGGCCGAGUCUGGAAGUUUUCCACGAAUAACUUGUUGCAACCAUGAUGACAUAUGCACCGUGACACAUGGCAGUGACGGUUGUCAGUUCGAAUCCUCACUCCGUCUGACUAGGUCGUCAUGUUCUUGGGCAAAAUGCAUCACCUGCCUGGUGGCGGUCAGAGAGCUCGGUGGCGGUCAGAGAGUCCGGUGGCGCUGAAGCAUGUGAAUGGGUGAAUGAUUGAAGUGUGGUGUGUUUUGGGGUUCUCUGGACUUGAUGAAACUCUACACAAGUACUGGCCAGUUGACAUGGGCAGGUUUGUGUGUGAAGGCAGCUGGUUGUGUGGCUGCUUUCCUAAAAAUAUAAGAUAAAAUAAAACAACACAACUCUUAUUUGGAACGAAGCCGUUCUAAAGUGAAUGUGGUACUAAUGUUUAAACACAAACAGGCACAAUAAUGUUGUGAAGUUGAAAAAAAUAUAUAUAUUUGAUUACUUUGUGAAAUGCACAUUAGCCACAACAGUAAUGCUGUCUGCAGUUUUUUUUUUUUUUUUUACAUAAUGACAUUGUUUUUGUUGUUGCAUUAUGUUCUUUUAAGGUAAUGUGUUCUUUAUAGUUGCUUCAGCUGAUGUAUUCGGUUCAUUAUGAAUUCAUUGGUCCUCUCUAAAUGCAGUUUUUAACACUCUUAUUGAGCAUGUUAUUAGAUUUUGCUGUUCAAAUCAACAUGUUUGUUCAAAUAAAUGUAAUUUUCAUUAACAAAGGAAUGAAUAGUAAAAUUUCCUUCAGAGACUUGACCAUUUUUUGUGUGUCUGUUGCAUCAUUCUGAUAUUACUCAACUGACUUUAGUUACUUAUUAGUGAAAACAGGAUUACUGAGAUUGUGCUCUAGUAUUUGCUAUUCAGUUGUUUUUUCUGGCUUUUGAUCAAGAACCUGAUAAUGAAAGAAGUUAUUUGCAGACAAGACAAGCGGCUCAAUUCAUUCGCACUCUACAAUUAUGCACUACUUUUAGUGUGUCUGCUAUAAAAACUGGAACCGAAUGUCAAAACGUUCAAGUGAUGUGAAUAAUUUUGCAAAUAGCUGCAUUAAAAGUUUGCUUCACACGUAAAUCUUACUUUUUAUCUGAGAAACGGUGAUAUUGUAACAGAGCUGACUGUAUUAAGUUGGCAUCUGAGCCACUGACUGUGACAGAGCACUUUGAGAACCAAAACAAGUCAGCAAAAAGCACCUUAACAAAAAAUAAAAAUAAAAAAAUAACGCUCUGUCAGAAUGUGUCCUCUCCUCGCUGCCUCACUCCCUAAAAUGUCCUCAUGAAUAUGAAACAGUUACAGGCAGAAUAUAAACACACACACACAGUCUGGUAGGAAUAAGUCUUUUUUUUUUUUAAUGUCCAACAUUUCUCUUGUUUUUCUGCGAAAACAGGGGAACAGCUGUUUCUGUCCCGACGGCGGGACAGAAGGCAUCUCAUAACGAACACACAGGCCAACAAAUACAAUCUCUCAUCAUUCUGCCACCUUUUCCCUGCCUUUCUUCUCCCCCCUCCCCCUUUUGUUUUCCUUUUCAAUCUCCAGAACAGAUGACCACAUUUUCGACUCAAAUCUGCCCUCUCUGGCUCUGGUUGUAUGGCUUCUACUGGUUUAAAACAAAUUAUCUGGGAGUUGUAGCUUUUGUUCUGGUUCUCUCCCCUCAGAGUGCCAACGCAGACAAAUGACCAGUUUUGUGCAGGUUUGCAAUGAGGCGUCGCUGCAAUUGUAAAUCACACAUUCAUCAAACCCAAGUGAGUCAUUUAAGGAAGAUAAAUAUAACUUUAACUGACUGCAGUCUGUUGGUGUUGGCAGGUUCUUGCAGGUCCUGUACUUUGUGCCUGGCAUUAGAUUUUAUUUUUGCUGUUUACAUAUAAACAUUUAUUUUAACACAUUUCCCCAUUGUUCAUCAAACUGGGAACUUGUGGCCUUGAGAAACAAAAUUGAUGAUCAUAAUAAACAAUAAAUAAAAGUCACAUGCGUAAGACAAAAAAAAGGAGAACUUUUGGGUUUAAAAAGAAAACACAUUCAUGAUUAAAAAUAGAUAUGGUUUAAAAGAAAUCGUAAAACAACUCUUUCAUAAAAUGUCAAUAAAUUAUCACUAAAUAAAAUAGAUCUCGUCAGUUUGAUCUUAGGGAAAAAGGUGGAAAGAAAAGGAAAAAAUAAUUUUUUUUUUUAGGCGGACUGCUUCUUUAACAGGUGGCAUUCCCCCAGCAGGAACAUUUUUUGGCAGUAAUCCUGUCAGGAACAGAUUUGGUGUCACGUUCUGAGGAGACGAGGCUGACAAGAGAUACAGUCAGAGCGGGAAGAUACGCGUUUGCUUUUGAUGCCCGUUUUUAUCUCCACUGUCUGCAUUUCCCUCCUCUUUUCUGAAUUUCUGACUAUUUCUGUCUCCGUGACGGGCGGCGUCCACGCCUUCCUCCCUGCAGCUACACGUUUUACAACACAGUCAUGAUUUCUGACCCAGUUUAUCCUCCUACUGAUGACGUCUAGCUUUGUAACAUUCGAUGUCUUGUGUCCAUUCUGCUGGAUUUUAGCCCACUUUGUAGUUUGCGUCCAUUCUUGAUCUUGCUCAUUCAGACAAACUUCGGCCAAAUUGUUUUUUUUGUUUUAACAAAACACCUCUCUUUCAUUCAUACAUCUGAAGAUGUGUUUUUCUCUUAAAGGGUUCAAAAUUGAGAGAAUACUGGCAGUAACCAUUUUACCUGAUGCCUGUAACCCUCUUAUCAUCAUUUAGUGUAAAUUAGAUGAGCUGGUUCUGCAGGCUGAAGUUAACUUAUACUCUGAGAAGAAUCAAGAUCCAAAUUUACCAUCUUAAACAUCUCAGAUCUCAAAAGUGUCAAAGCAGUGCAUGCAAACAAUACAUCACAAACCUAUAGUUCCGCGUGUUGAAAUUCCUGCUUUUGUUUUUUUUUGUCAUAAAGGAUGGAGGCAGUGUUUUGCUUGUGAUCUUCCUAUAAGAACACGAGUCCUACAUCUAAAGGGAGUGGUGCACACAGCAAACAUUUUAUUUCAAAUUGUAUUUUGAUUUUUGCACUUUUAUUUCUCCAGUAGUCUGAAAGAAUUUUCAUGUUUCACACAAGAAGAUUAAUGGUGGCGCACCGCCUCCUGUUCAUUUGGUCUCUUCAUAAAUAUCCACCUAAUUUAAAAAUGGCAGCGGUUGAUUGGUUCAAUAUUUAAGAGUUAAUUGUUAACUUGAGCCAUUAGGACCAACUCGUGUGAAUUCAUACUAAAAGAAGAAGCCGAGAUUGAUACAACACGUCGUAACUUUUCAAAAGAACCUCACUUAAGAAUCCUGAACCUUUAAAACAUGAACUUGUUGCUUUUUGCAAACAUGCGUGUAAAAUAAUCAGCAGCUGAUUCAAAUACCUACAUCUGAAAAAAAACAACAAAAAAAACAAAUUAUAGCUUUUAGCGCCGACACGGCUGACACCUCUUCUUUCCUUUUGUUAGCCAACGCACUGCAGCAGAAGCUUCGACUGAUCUCAAAUAAUGCCUCCUUCUCCAUUAAUCCUCCAAAUGGAGGGAAGAAACAAUGUGUCUGAAAGAGUAGGAAACACUUUAUCUGAGCUCGUGGUGAACAUUUUGGAGCCUGAUUAGAUUUGAAAAUAAGUGCUUCCUGUCUGGAAUAUUUCCUUUAGGGAGCAUCUAGGAGUAAAAAGAUGCUAAAGACGUGAGCUGACAUAUUCAGGUAGACACCACGUCGCAUGCAAGCAUCACGUUUGCUUUCAUGUCUUCAAUAAAUAUUUGAGCACGCCGGGAUUCAACAGCAUUGUUCUCGUUAUUUUUAUUAUUUUUUUUCUCUUCCGUCAUUCAGAAUCAAAAUCAGUUUGCACAGUGAGAUAAAACGCCAAACAGCUGUUUAUAUUCUAGUGGAGAACUAAGUCCUCAGUAACAAAAAAAAUGUUUCAUUUUGGUUCAUAUUUGUGUAAAAAAAAACCAAACAAAAGCAGUUUACUUCUACAGCCAUCACACCGUGUAGGAAGCAUUUUCUAAACGAAGAGCAACACAAAGUUUCAUACUGAUUUAUGUCCCUUUGGCUUUAGGUUUGGGCGAGAGGCUUCUGCAUGAGAAGCUUUUGGAAAUGAGCUUCCUGGUUGCUGCUGGAGAGACUCGGCUGCUCCUGUGCUGCCCCCGGAGGCAGGUUGAGUCAUGAUGCAUCAAAGUGUAAAAAGAUGCCUCGAGGGGUUCUUAAAAGUGGUUGUGACUCGAUCCUGCCUCAUGGAGCGAGGCAGACGGCGAGAUCAACUUUCACCCACCAGGUUUUUAAAACUGCGCUGAUUAUGUUCCCGUUACGUCAGCGGAUUGAUACGGUCUGCUUCAGAGAGCACCGGGUCGUGAUUAUAUGCACCAGCUCAAAAAAAAAAAAAAAAAAA